AUGAAGAUGUGCACCAUGGUGAAUGGACAUUUGAGUAUCCCUACAGAGAUCAGACAGCGAUGGUUGAGCGACCCAAUGCGAAAUCCUGAUUGGCGUGUGCGCCUGUCCAAUUUUGACUCGGUCUUUGCGCCCAGCAGUGCUCCUACCAACCAGACGCCACCUACCCCUGCUCCAAAUGCUGAGAAUGUGGACCUUGCAGUGCCGUCAGCUCCACCAGCUCAGGUGACACGUGAGGCCCCGACUGGGCUCACAUUGGAAGCCUUCAAGGCUCAAUAUCCAACAUUGACGACAACAGUGACCAUGAACCUGCAGCAGCAGCUUACUUGCUUUGUGGUGGACAGCAAAUGCUUCAUCACUUCUACGACGAAGUUUGUGAUCCCACCCAUCACAUCACCACAUGCUCGCCCAGCUUUCCUCUACGCAG